CAGAGUUCACAUUAGUUAGUCCCAUGUCCCUCGGGAUAACCCGAGGCUGCGGUCAUGCAUAGAAAACAAAAAAAUAAAAUACUGUUUUCUUUUCAUUAUAUACAAGUCAAGAAAUAUAAAACCGAACUCCAAAUUGGUUACAUAAAUUAUCCGUAAAGUCAUGUCUUCCAGUUCAAGAGAUAGAGAACGGGACCAAGAAUGCAAUAUAAAUGGUCAUUUUUAAACAAGUUUUCUUUAAAAGAUUAAUAUAAACCUGCAUACUAAGAGAAUCAAAAUUAACUUAGUUACCUCAUAACUAUGAAACGAAUGAAAUCAAAUAUGCCUUGAAUUUGACAAANNAUGUUGUUUAAUUUAACGUCAUUUGAUCGUGUUGCGUUUUGGAGAAAUCAGUUUCCGGAAUUGUGAUAAUUCUUCAAUUUGACAAGCACUGAAUUCCCUUAUCAUGAAUAACGAGAAAGCAUCGAUUUCAACGACGCAAAUGAUAAGAUUCAGUGCAUUCAGCUUCCACGGAAACUACAAGCAACAUCAUCAACCAUGGUUCUCACCGGCAAAUACCAACACGUCAAGAAUGAAAACCUCAAGGAAUUCAUCAUGGCUUUCGGAGGAGAACUCACCGACUUCGCCACCAAGUCCGACUCCAUGACUUGCACCAUGGAGGUCACCUGCGACGGAGACAACUUCACCAUGUCCACCGUCUACCCAGACAACACCAUCAACCUCAAGUUCACCUUGGGCGCUGAAUUCGAUGACCCCAUGCCAAACGGCCAGAUGUACAAGAGCGUUGCUUCCUCCGCUGGACCAGUACUCACCAUCAAGACCCACAAGGAUGGCGCUGAGGUCGGUUUCCGUACCUACGAAUUCUCUGAAACCGAAUGCUUCAUGACCAUGGGUGCCAAGUCCACUCCAAUUGUCGCCAAGCGUUGGUUCAAGAGAAUCUAAACCAUUCAUCACCAAAUAAUUUAUCACUGUAAAGACUUAAUAUGACUUAAUUAC